CCUGUGAAGAAGCAGUAGUGUUAGUUGCAAGACUGUGUGUAGCAGAGACUGAAUCCCAGCGUCGAUAUAAGAAGAAAAACAAAAUUGUUACACCGCCUAAUAAUUUCUCAUUUGGGGAUACAGGUCUACCGUAUAGAACAAAUAAGCAGAACUUUUUUUUUUUGUUUAUUUGUUCCGAUAAAUUCACCACCGUGAGAUCCUUCAGGAGUGCCAAACAUCACGUCAAAAUGGCGGUUCUAAGACGCUGCGGUCGCUACUAUUUCAACAUUUCUUUGAUUAUCUUUGUGCUGCUUUUCUUGUGGUUCUAUUGGUUCAGAUCUCCGCUCCCUAAACCAGAGGAGAUAAGGCUAAAACAGAGUCCAAGUAAAAUCUUGAUCCAGAAACAGGAAGGAGAUCAUCGAGUUCAAGAAAUGUUCACAAUUGCACAGUGCAAGUGCGCCAGGUACAGAACUGACAUCGCGAACCUCCGCAAGGCGAGGGUCGAAAAGCCCGACUCCGAUUCCGAAGCAGCGAAGUCGACGUGUUCGAACCUGGCGACGCUUCGAGGCCCCGGACAGAAAGUGGUGUCUUAUUCGUACUAUUUCUUCAAGGAGGGUUGCCAAAUGGAAAGGGACCGCCACUUCACCAUAUACCUGAGUCAGAUGCACGGUACGGUGUCCUCCGUGAAGAAGCACUACCCCGGUUGGCUGGUCAGAAUCUACCACAACGUGACCUCGGAUGACCUGAGAAGCUCGGAUGAACUGUGUCGAAUCUACUGUGACCACGACAAUGUGGAUCUUUGCCACGUUCAUGAUCUACCUGGGCUUGGGAACUUAACGGACAGGGGCGUGGUCGGUCGUUUCUGGCGCUUCUCCGUAAUGGGUGACCCGACUGUUGACGUCUUCCUGUCGCGAGAUACGGAUAGCUGGGUGUUGGAGAGAGAGGCGAAGGCGGUGAAGGAGUGGUUACGGUCUGGUCUGACUUAUCACGUCAUGCACGAUCACCCGAAACACAAGCCGAUUAUCAUGUCUGGUCUUUGGGGAGCCUUCAACAAAGCACAGGAAUAUCUGCAACAGGUUCGGGAGUUCAUGUUUGAGUGGCGCGUUUCGGAUAAGCCUUAUCACGAUAAUGAGAUGCUCAGGAUUUUGCUCUGGCCGAUCAUGAAGGAAGACGUCCUGAACCACGACAGCUACACCUGCAGCGACCCGACCCACGGUUCCACUGUACCGUUCCCGACCCGACGUGUGGGGAGCGAGUACUGUGGGUGGGGACUGUCCAAGACGGUUCCUGCUCUGGAGGUGAACCAGACCAAGUGUCCAUACGUGUGCCGUCCCAAAGACCACAAAGAUUGGGAUUCUUGUUAAGGGCUUGGUGCAAGUCUUGGUGUUUGUGAGGCAUUUGGUUUAGUCUUGGUAUUUCUGAGAUACUUGGUUUAGUCUUGGUUCUCUGAGA